AUAUGGGCCUGGCUCGCGUGCAUAUGUGUGCGUGCACGUGUGAGUAAUGCAGUGGGAUACCCAGCAGCGCUCUGAGAUUGCAUAACCAUCAGCACCAGCAGCAGCAGUGGCGGCGGUGGCAGCAGCAGCAUCCUGCUAUAUGGCUGGUUCGACUGGAACCACAACCAGCCGCUCGAUGCAUGAGCAAAAAUCUAAAAGUCAGGACAGGGUUUUGGGGAAACGUGACAGAUUUUUUAUUUCCACACACCUUGCAGAGUGGGAGGAAAAAGAGGAGUCAGAGGAGUCACGAGCUGUACUUUUGAGUCAGUGUGAGGUGUGCAAGGUGGGAUUAAAACACCACCACAAACUGUUCACCUGCAUCACACCUCAUGACGACAGAAUACCAGUAAAAAGAAAUUAAAUUUGAAAACAAUUUAAAAGAUUUUAAAGUAAUCAAACUGGUUAAAAAUAUCAACAUUUCUCUGGUGGAGGAGUAUUUUUAAUUCAUUCUCCCCUCCGUGAUUCACACACCGACAUGAUGACGGUGACCGGAGGAGCGGUGUCUUCUGACGUCAGGGGAGGAGAACGACACGCUCCUCCAAUGAGGGGCCGGGGAUGUGCAGCGCGAGGACGGAGCUUCCAGAAGGCUAAUAACCAUGCCAACUGAGGAAUACAGCGCGCGCCUCUGACUGGGUAGAAAAAAAAAAAAGAAGAAGAGAGAGAGAGGGGAGAAGAAGGAGAAGGAGAGGGGGAAACCCUGAAAAAGAGGACGAAAAUUCUUCAAAUCAAAAAGUACACCGUGGAGGAUAAAGGAGAAGGAUAUCCUGGUUUCGUACAGGGGAGAAGAAGAAGAAGACAAGCUGGUAAUUUUCUCCUUUUUUUGUGUGUGUCUCUGUGGCGUGGUCUUCCUCCCUCCCUCCCCCCUUUUUCUCCCCCUUCUCCUCUCCCUCUCUCGCGCUGGCUCAGGGACUGCACUGCUGCAGCUGAAUGAAACGGAUCCAGGUAUUAAUUUCCUCUCCUUAUUGCUAACACAUAAACAAACACACACACUUGGCGGUUAAAGAGGAGACGCACGCGCCGCUGGCGGUUCUGGAUGCACGGGGCUGCUGCACGAGCGCUUCUUACCGCAGGGGGGGUGCGAUUCUUUUUUUUUUUUAAAGCUGCGGGGCUUUUUAGGAGCUCGUGGCGGUGUUUGGUGGUGACCUUCCCCGGCUGUUUGCAGUCAUUGACGGUGUGUGCGCGUGCGUUUGUGCGCGCGAGCAUGAAAGAGAAAGGGGAGGGGUGAGAUGAAAAAUAAGGGGGAGUGUGUGUGUGCGUGUGUGUGUGGAGGCUGAGGUGGGAGGUGUGUGUGUGGGGGGGGGGGGGGGAUUUUUUUUGUGAAUGGAGCUCCACGUCCACAUUUUUGGCGCGCGCUACUGGCGGAGCUAAAAUUAGCCUUUGCUACAUUUCUGUCUGUCUGUCUGUUUUCUUUUCGUACGUCGACGCGCAAUAGCAACAACAGCAGCAUAUAUGGAUCGGAAUCCAAAUUAGGGAGGUUUUGGAUGCCGAGCCAGGCGCACACACACCCACGGGCACGCGCUCGAACACGCCACUGGUGGAUAGGACAGCAGCUACCACCGCGCCGUGCCCCAGGACGUCAUGCACCAUUUUUAGAGAUGCUCUAAAAAUAGAAUUUGUUGAUAAUGAUUUUUAAUGUUAGGGAAUUGAACGUCUACUUUAGUUUCAGGCACCGUCUAGGUAGGAAUGCCUUCUUAGCGGUGUGAUUUUGUUGCCGUUGUUUCGUUUUUUGGUGUUUUUGUAAGCUUCGCUAUCCGUCACAUUUCUCUUGAGACAAAAUGGAAGGAAUGUUUUUGUCAUAUGUAUGGAGUGCUUUUCUGACGUCUUGGCUCUCGUGCUGUUGCUAAUUACCUGUCAGCGUGGUGUGUAGGAGCUGCUGGUGACGUGUGUGCCUGGGUUCAAGAGUAUGCUUGUUUUCAUGAAUGAAUGAAUGAGUGAUUGAAUGGGCGGAUGGAUGUAAAUUGACGGUUUUGUCUCGUUCUCAGGGGAAAGAUGAUGGUAUCCUCUUUUUUUUCUUCUCCUUUACUUAUAUGUUUAUCAUGUCCUCCACUCUGGUCUUUUCUCUUCUCCUUACUCAUACUCGCCUCUUCUGUGUUGCGACUUUUUUCUCUCCAUCUCUCCUUCCUUCAAACCUGUGGUGUGUUGUCAUUUUUUAUGUCCUUGAUUUCUAUUUACUGUUUAUCUUUUUGCAAGUUGAACUUUUACCUCUCUUUUACUCCAUCCCCUAUUUUAUUAUUAUUUAUCACUAUAUCUGAUGAUCUACUGCCUUGCCUUUGUACUUUAAUCUCCCUUCCGUCCUCUGUCUGUCUUGCAUAACUUCUUUCCACGUCACUCUAAAGCCCCCUCCAUCUUCACAUUCAUCCAUACUUGUUCUUCUUGACUUACUUCUUCCCUCUUUUCCUUUCUCCUCCCUCCCCCUUUCUCUUGUUUCUCCAGCUAUGAUUCUCUCUCUGGCCGCGGCAGCAGCCAUGAGUAGCGGCAGCAGUAGUAGCCUCAACUCCUCCUCCCCCCUAGACCCUUUUGACUCGUCCACCUCCUGGAGCCUGGGCGAGGACCCCUCCAACUCCUCCUCAGAGCCAGUUGUACGAACUCUUACCCCUGAGCUCCAACCUGGGACCACCGCUGUAGCUGUCCAGGAAGUCAGUCCCUGGGACAUUGCUCUGUGUGUGACAGGGACACUCAUCUCCUGCGAGAACGCCCUGGUGAUUGCUGUGUUGUUCUACACGCCAACGCUGCGUGCCCCGAUGUUCAUCUUGAUUGGAUCACUGGCAGUAGCGGACCUCCUGGCUGGUUUAGGCCUCAUCUUGAACUUUGUCUUCACAUAUUUGGUCGACAGCUCAGUGGAGUUUGUGACACUGUUGUCUGUCGGACUGCUCAUAUCUGCGUUUUCGGCUUCUGUCCUAAACAUCCUCGCCAUCACAGUGGAUCGUUACUUAUCCUUGUACAAUGCCCUGACCUACCACACUGAACGGACGGUCACCUUCACUUAUGUGAUGGUAAUCUUCAUCUGGGUGUCAUGUCUAACGCUCGGCUUGCUGCCAGCGCUCGGCUGGAACUGUCUAAAAGACGAUUCUACGUGCAGCAUCUGCCGGCCGGUCACCAAAAACAACGCUGUUGCGCUAGCUGUCACCUUUCUGCUUGUCUUCGCUCUAAUGAUGCAGCUCUACCUGCAAAUCUGCAAGAUCGCCUUCCGCCAUGCUCAACAGAUUGCUGUCCAGCACCAGUUUGUGGCUAUCUCCACAACCAAAGGAGUCUCCACACUGUCAGCCAUCUUGUGUGCCUUUGGGGCAUGCUGGCUGCCAUUUGCCAUGUACUCUAUUGUGGCGGACUCAACCUACCCAGUAAUAUACACCUACGCCACAGUUCUACCAGCCACCUGCUGCUCUGUGAUCAACCCCAUCAUCUAUGCGUUCCGCAACCCAGACAUCCAGAAGUCACUGUGGAUGGCGUGUUGUGGCUGUGUCCCAUCCAACCUCUCACUCAGACCCAGGACCUCCAGUGACGUGUAGCAGGGAAGGUCGGUUUCUGUUUGGUUUGAGUUUUGAUGCAGAGUCCAGGUGGUAUGAAGGGGAUGUGGGGUACAGAAGGCCAAUCAGAGAAAAGUUGAUCGCUUCCACUUGGGCAGACAGGCUGAUGGCGAAGGCACGGCUGGCCAUGGUAGAAGUGAUACAGGCACGGACAGGACAGUGCAUGGUAAAAAAAAAAAAUCAGAGCUAACAAAGAUCAUGUCCUGUCUGUUGUAGGAAAAGGGUAUCUGAGGUGGUGUGAAACCAACUGCAAAAGCCUGAUAAAGGUUUCUUCAUGGUAGUUGAGGAAGUUCGAAAGGGUGACUUUCCCAACUGACCUUGUUUAGGGUGCGAGAAGUGAGGCCUACUUCUCAAGAGUAGCAUACAAUGUGAGAGGAAAGAUUUAGGAAGGGGCAUCCUAAAUCUCCAUAGGACCUGUGCUCAGGCAGCAAUGCUUGGUUAUGCAAUCAGAAGGAGUGAAACAGUCUUUAAAUACUGUAUGUGUUUGAACCUAAGUGGAUAAAAAUACAAUGAGCUAAAUAUACCCAAUGAACAACCUAGAGUUGUCUCAAUGAGCUAUCUUUGCAGUCUUCUGAUAGGAAAAAACAGGAGUAUCUCUUCCCUUGAAGCCCUUUUAUCAAUGAUUUACUUUGAUUGGAGUUGAGAUUGGGUAAUUAAUGAGUUUGUGGAUAGAGAGUGAUAAUUAUUAGAACAAUAAUCACAUCUUGUGUGAAGGACUUAGAUUAGUUGGCAUCAAAAUAUUCAAUAUUGCUAGUCUGAGCCCAGUUUGACUUUUCCCAAUGCCAAAAUCACACAUUUUAUGCAAGAAGUUGGCAAAAAAAAUGGUCAGUAAAAGAAAACCAAAGGUUCCAAUUAUAGACCGUCCUUCCCCAGACAUUCAAAUCCUCAACAGUACCAGGCCCCCCAAAAGCAUUUGGAGGAAAUUAGACCAAGAGACGGUUUUCUGUCUCUAGAUGUGUGUUAUGUUUAGCGUCACAAAAUCAAAUCUGCUCCCUGUUGGCCAAAAUAAACAGGUUUCUCAGCCAGCUGCUAUGCUGUGAUUGUGAAGCAGAGAGAAAAAAAGGGAGGAAGAGUGAAAGAAAAAGGGUGAAAGAGCUGAAUUCAGCACCAAGGACAGCGCCACUGCAGAGCGCUGCUACCCUGGGAAUGCUCUUUGCUGAGGGGGGGAGAGCGCUCUAAGUAGGCUACGCUGUUCUCUACACCAUCUUGACAGGGAGUAUCAUUCUGGGGACCAUCCCAGCUUGAGAUGGAUUGAUCAUCUGCAAAUUAUUUCUUGUUAAUUGACUGUUUUUGUGCAAAUAAGUAUGCUAAGAGUCAAUUUUGCCAUUAUGUUAAGGGUCAUUUCACCGAUUUAGUCUUCAAAACAAAACAGCAUGUAGUAUUUGCAUGAUUUGACCAGUAGGAGGCUUUUGCUUUUUAAAUCAAUUCCAUUACAAUUCAAGUAAAGGACACUAUGAGGUGUUUCUUCUGCAAAACAAAGAAAGUCUUGGAAGCAACAUCAAGCUCAAAUGUGCCCAAAUCAAAUCUAAAGGCAUCACUUUAGACAAACAUUGCUUGAAUUUGCUUAGCAACUAUAAAUGGAUGAUACUUUAACUCCCAUUUGAUGGUAUUUGGGGUGUUCAGGUCAAAAGGAGGAAAACAGACAAAAAUAACACUCAAAUGCUCUCAACAUUGAGGGCAAAAGGCAAGCAUUUGCAGAAAAUGACUCCAAUUAAGCUGAAUUGUCCCUAAACAUCCACUUGAAGUCUCGAUGGCCCCGUCCUCUGUGUCCUUCAUUUCUUCCUCGCCCCUCCUGUAUCUCAGCCAUGGAAAUUAUGCAUGAGAAAAGCAAUGUAUGGCCCCUUGAGCGCCAUUAGAACAAGGCGUCUGACACAAGCAAGGUGAAACAGCUGAUGUUUUUCAGAUGUUUAUCUGCAGCCGCAAAGCGCCGUUUAGGUCGGCACGGCUCUAAAUUUAGAGCCAGCGCUUAAGCUCCAUUGCCCGAUUGAUUAUCCAUUAGCUAAAGCCAAGCAUGAUCCAUAUUGGACAGGUCAUUUUUCAUGUCGGCAGCUUUGGUUGGCAACAGGACAUCCAAGUUCGACUACAGCUAUGCUUUUCACAUCCCUGCAGUGGUGUCAGCACGUAGCCCCAAACAUGACCCUUAUUUGGGUUUAUUCCUCCAGAUUUUGCCUUCCAAGUCUUUCCUUCUGUUUCAUAAUCUGUCAGCAGUAGCAGGAUAUUCAUCACACGCACAUACAGCAGAGCGGUCUUGCCCUGGGGGCCCCUCUCAAGGCUUGGAGGGUUAAUGGGAAAGGAGAGAGGCAAGGUGACGCGGCGUGAAAUGGAAACGCCAAGUGAGACGCGCCUCAGUGUAACCUCGGGUCGCGUCCACCUCACACCCCAAUCAGGAUGAAGUUAUUUCCCUCUGAAAGGGCAUCAUGUAAGUUAAAUCCAGCUAAUGUUAAUAACGUCUCAGUAAUAAUGGCGCAGGGAGUUGGCCUAAUGUACAGAGGAUGUCGUAAGGAUGAGCUGGAGAGGAGAUUUAUUGCCAACCUCUUGCUUCUUUUUAACAAUCCACAGAGAUAGUUUUCACUCUUGUGUUUCCCUCAAGUAAGGUGUCAUGACUAAGCUACCGGCUUGCCGCUAAUAAACCUGUGUGGGAAGUGAACUGGCCUUGGGAAAACUACUUCAUUGACGCUGUAUGAGCUGUCAAAAAAAACCUGCAAACUCGACACUUCGAAAAAUACAGGAUGUUUCUGUCACAACACUUCCAAAAUUAACGCUUUCUACCAAAUAUAUGACGAUAAAUGACAGCAAAGUUAAAAACGGAAACUUUGGAAAUGGCGCUCAGAAGACGCAGGUAUUUAGAUUCUUUUCUACUGUGUACAUUCAGAGCUAAAGUAGGAGUGUUUUCUAUUUUUCUUGCCAGCAGCAAUCAAUCAGUUGUUAGCAGAAAAGCUACGCCACAAUGGGUUUGUUUGAAAAAGCAGAAUCUCCUGUGUCUUUUUUUUUUUGUUUUCUGCCUUUAUUGGAACAAAAACUCCUUCGCAAUAAUGUCUAACUGUAUUUUGCUGUGUACAAAAAGCCACAAUGAAGAAAAAGAGAGGAAGACAGACAGAGGUGGUAAACUUUGAAUAAUCUACUAAAGAAAAAAAUGCCGAAGCAACAAAUUGCACACUGAACUGUCCUUGACAGAAAUGUUGUGUCGCUGAUUGGGUCACUAAUGAAAGUAGGAUGAACCCAAAUUUAAAGUAGAAGCUCUUUAUUUCCCCUCUAAAAUUAGCUUUAUUUUUCAUAUUUGCAAUGUAACCACCUCUUUCUCUCUCUCUCUUUUUUUCUUAAUCACUGCUUUGAUGGAACUGCCUAUUGUUAAAAGGCUUGCAUCAUUUUCUCAGUGAAAUAAUUUCGAUUACUCAGAAUCUGGAGAUUGAUAGAGUUUUGGCACCUUUUGUAAACUGCAGCACUGUGGGGGGUUGGAUCGCCGGUGGUGCCAAGGCAAAACUGAUCGAUCCCAGAGAGUUAAUUGAAUCUAUUUCGGGAGGGAUUCUGAUGCAGGUCCUGUUGGCACACAGAUAUCCUGUAUGCACAAUAACGUGUGAGAAUUGCUUUGUCACCUGUGUUUGGAGAUGCUAGAUGGGACGAAAAUAACAUCUUGGGGGAGUUUGACAUCACAUGCUGUCAUAAGUGUUAUCCUGAGACAGUUUAAGACUUCGCCUAGCCCAGUCAGAGCAAUACUGAUGGAGAACCUGCACUGACUAGGCUACAGCUAAGAUCUUAGAGUAGUUUUCGUACCGCCCUCGAAUCAAAUUACUUUGGAAACACGAGCCAGACUUGGUUAGGGGAAUAAAUAUCUCAAUCCUAUCAGCACAUUUUUGCGAAAAAUUUAAAGAUCGUCAUCAUUUCCCAGCUAGUGUUGGCAUGUUGCAAGCUAGCAAACAAGCUAAAACAUACCAUUCAACAGGUUGUGUUGUUUGGCAGUAAUCUUGACUCACUCAGUACAAAGUAAUGACGAAUUUGCCAUAGAAACUGUAUAUAAACAAGAAAAGAAGUUCUUUUAAUUUUUAUUGAACUCUACUCAUGCUGGCAUGUGCCGAGCAAGCUAGCAUAAGUCUCACCAAUAUGUUAACAAAAGAUUAGCUAGCAACGGUAAAUACAUACUGUAGGACAGAUUCAAACUCUAAACUGCAGUUAAUAAAGUAAACAGAAAGAACCAUUAAUGCCAUUGUGCUGUUUAGCAAAACGUGUUUCAGGACGGCUAGCAUACCUUACGCUCGAGAGUUUGUUAAAGGUAGCUUAACAAGCUUCAUAAAAAUUUUUUUUUACAUUUUUCUGGAUUUUUUUUUGCAUCAGGAUUGGCUUAGGGCUUUUUUCUUAUUGUUUUGAUCAAGUAGUAGAAUUUUUUUUUGCUAGCCAAGUAAACUAAUCGCCAUAACUUCAAAAAUGAAGUUGAAAGAUUUGAGAGUAUUUUUAUUUUUGGCUACUCUGAAAAUAAAAAUAAAGAAAGCUACUUGUUCACUUUUUAGCAUUUUUUUGGCCUUUAAUAUUUUAAUACAGCACAAAUAAAAUAGAAUAAACUCUGGAUAUUACUUUGCCAACUUGCAAUUGUACAUAGCUUGCUUGCCAGUAUGCUAACAUUUACAUUUUUCAAGAAUCAGACUGUAAUAUUUUGUGGUAAAUUAACAUCUUUACUGGCAGGUAUACCAGAUGUUAAAUUCAAACACUGUGAAAACGAUCAAGAGUAAUUUAUCUCUAUCCAAGUCUGAAGGUAAAGAAUUCAGAGCGAGAGUGGCAGACACAGCUAAAAUUAGCAUUGUUAGCAGCGUCACACUGCUUUAAACUGUGACUGUCCUAUCUGGCAUGUCUAUCUCGUGAUAGCUGAACAGCUAAUAACACUCAUCUGUGAAUAUGCCACAACUCAGUCAACCAUUCCUGGGGUGGGAGUGGAGUGACCUCUCACUGUGUGAGUGCGUACGAGCCGAUGUUUGUGUGUGUGGGUACGUGUGUGUGUGUGUGUGUGUGUGUGUUAUCCCUCGGGAUCAUAGCCAAUUGUAAUGAACCAUAACUCAACCAACUCGCACUGUAAACUCAAACACAUGCAGAAUGGUUUCGUCAGUCGCUAUACAGGACUAUAACUCCAUUUAAAAAAGAGAAAAAUAAGAGAUACCGUACAAGUGAGUGUGGGUGUUCUUUUUAUUAUGCAAUGCUGUACAGAAAUGUAUAUUUUUGUAAUGUUCAUCAGGGCAUGAGUUACAAAACAUGGUCGCUGCUGUGAGCAUGUUGUGAGAGAGUGUGUGUGUUUCUUCCUCUGUGUUCUUCCUACUAAACAAACGUUUCUUUAAGAGAAAACUAAGAAGUGGCGUGUGUCGGAAAUGCUAAAAAAGUGCCAUAUUUUUGACUUUCCAGUGUCUUAUUCUUGAGUUCGUGUACAUACAUGUUCGUCUAAGGAGUUGAGUCUAAAAAUCUGUAAACAUUAAAAAAAUAAAAAAUAAAAAAAACGCCGGAGAACGAAGAAGUUAAUGUCAUGUAGUAGGGCUUGACCUUGGCAUCUUUUCGCAGCAGAAAAUUCGCCACUUUUUUCUCGGCUGUAAUGUCAUGUCACACUUUUUACGUUUCAGGCAGCAACAAGAUGAGUAUCAGAUAGUAUCAGUGUUUCCGUAAGAUGUCUUCUUGACUUUAAUUGCAGUAAUCUGAGCUUUUUUCCACAAACAGACCUGCACUAGACGAAUAAGAGAGGGAGAGGAAGGGAGAGUAUGUGACAUCGUUGUACGUCAGAGUCAGGUUACUGGUGACGUCAUUUUAGUCUGAGUCGUGUCUAAGAGAGCAGGUCGUUUCAAAGACAUCCCCCUCAUUUCUCCGUCCUACUCACCCCUCUAUCUCUUGUCCUCUUCCCUUUCGUUAGCUUUGGCUCUUUUCACCCUCUUGUUUUCACUCGCUGUCUUUUGCCCCGCUCAACACCCUCCCAGCAUCCCCCCUUUUUUUCUCUCCCCAAUACGUCUUAAGAUUUUUUCAACCCUCCGCCUGCAGUAGGCGAGUCGACCGGUCUGCUUCUAAAAAUAGCCACCCUGAAAGAACAGAGGAAGUAAAAAAGGUAGGCAGUAAAGACGUAGAAACCGACUCUUCACUUCACAUCAGCAGACAAAAACAACCGCCUCCUUUUCUUUCAAGUUGCCGUUUCUGUCUCAUCUCCUUCGCGCACAUUUGUCUCCGUCUAUUUUUAUUCCUCUCCUCAUCCGUCUUUUUCUGUCUCCUCUGAGCACAAACAUUAAUACCAAGAGUUUUUAAAAAGCAGGGUUCAGGGGCGAGUGCUUACAGCAAAUAAGCAGCACCCAGGCUAGGCUAGGCUAGGCUAGGCUAGCAGAGAUUGUCAAUCAAAAAAACCAUUACAGAGCUAAUUUUCUAUAUCGGACCGGGUAUGGCCUUCAUAGAAAAACAUUGUUUUGUGUGUUGUUGUUGUUGUCGGUGUGGAUGAGGGAGCAUCACUGAUUUGAAAUCAUAAGGGGAAGCAGGGUGUUGUGGGUAAAAUGCAACUGUGAUGUCAGACGUGAAGCAGUGUCCUUGAAUCAUGUUGUUUUUCUUCUUUAACGUCUUAUUUAUUUUGUGUCCUCUUUGAGUUUGUGUCGUGAAACAGUCGAUAAAAAGUACAAAUGCACUUUAUAAAGAUGGACAUGUUACACAUUGCACUUGUAAAUGUCGAAUGUAAAACCUUGAAGAGAGAGAUUUAUUUUUAUUAAUGUACAUAAACGAGAAUAAAAAAAAAGAGGAAUAAAGUGGAGAAUAAUUUGCCAAAUAAACUGAGAACAAAAAAAAAAAA